AUGGAGAGCAAGUAUGAAAGGAAGGGAGUGGCGGGAGAAGGAGCGUUCGGAGUCGUGUACAGGGUCGUGCACAAGGACACAGGGAAAGUUUUUGCCAUGAAGAAGAUCAAGAUGGACAAGAGCACGGAUGGAGUUAGAAGCUCUGCCAUCGACGAGAUCAUGGCGCUGCAGGAGAUUCGCCACGAGAAUGUUGUUACUUUGCACGAAGUGAUUGGCAAGAGAGCCGGCAGUGUCUUCCUCAUCCUUGACUUUCAUGAUUUGGAGCUCGAGCAUGUCAUACAAGCCAAGGAACCAAACAGCUCAGUCGUAGCGCGCAUGAUCUUGUCGCUCACUCGAGUGCAGAUGCUGCUUGCUGGUGUGGAGGCUCUGCAUUCCUUGGGGCUGAUCCAUCGAGACCUGAAACCGAGCAACCUGCUGAUAGAUGAACUCGGCACCCUCAAGCUCGCUGACUUGGGACUUGCAAGAACCUUUGGCAGCCCUGACAGACUGUUCUCCCCCAGCGCCUUCACGAGGAGGUAUCGCCCGCCCGAGCUCUUCUUUGGGUGCACACGAUACGGGAAGUCGGCAGACAUGUGGAGCGUUGGAUGCAUUUUAGCGGAGAUGAUGCUGCGUCAGCCGCUCUUCCCAGCAGACACCGACCUGGGCGUUGUAAACUGCAUCUUCGAGAAGUUAGGCUAUCCUCAUAUGGAUGUUUAUGAGAGGCUGCUGCGAUCUUCGGUAUGA